AUGGAUUAAUCUCAAAUUCAUGAUAGGUCAAUGGACUUUACUGAAAUAGGAGCUGCAAUGGGUUAUAACCAAAACCUCAAUAUGUCCUUUAACACGAUUAAUGAUCUUAAUCCUGGCUCCUUUACUGAUGGUAAGUCAUAUCCUUUGCCUCUCCAUCUAUUAGAUAAUGAUCACUUGAAGAAAUUUUUCACUUGUCUGUCAACGCUAUCUUUUCCUGAAUGCUUAUCAAUGACUCAGAGUAACUCUGGAAUCUAUGAAUAGUUUUAGUGUGAGGGCUAUGGAGGGUCAAAGGAUCCAAUCGUAGUUUAGUUCAUGAAAUUGCUAAGAGAACUCAGCGAUUUUGACUAAAAAUACUACACUUUCUCAUACUUCAGUGAUAAAGACCUAAUGAGUGGGAUAUAUCAAAAGUUCUAAGAUCUUGGUAUUAAGCUUUAAGAGCAGCAGCAGCUAAAGCACAAUCUAGGGAACACAACCAUCCUUGAUUCUUAGAGUUUCACUUAGAAAUUGGUAAAGAUAAUAGGAGAGAUGGAGUUUUACAUCAGACUCAAGAAUCUGAUGAUGAUAAAUUACAAAGAAGACCUCUUUGAGAAGAGAAAUGAUUCUAGGCUGUUGCAAUAGAUCAAGGAACUGAUAAACAAACUAGAAGCAGGUCCGAUGCAGCAAUCAUUCGAAGCCAAAAGGCAGCGAAUGAAUUAAAACUUAGAAUAAACACCAUUCAAAGCCCUGUUUCCUCCUAAAUAUGAGUGGUCAGCUGAGUUUAAGAAGGUAAAGGAUCAUUUUGCUUUGGAGUUGAAGAUUCUUGAAUAACUACUUAGAAGUAAGCGAGCAGCUCUAAAACAAGAUCAUCUCACUGCAAUGAUGUGCAUCUGUAACAUUAAUGAUUGCUUUGUCAAGAAGAAACAAGAGUUAUACACAAAGCAAAUCAAAGACUAUAACAAUAAAUAUAAUAAUCUGUGGAAGUGGCUGCUUACCAUGUAGUUUGUACUGAUAUCUCGCAAUAGAUUGCUUCUCAACAAUUUUAUUUUGAGUCAAGAAAAACAGGUUAGGGAGUUAGAGAGACUUCCUAAGUAUCUUAAUUAGUCCAAGAUAGAAAUGAUUAAAAUAGAGUAAUUAUAGUAACUGUGUACUAAACUUGGAUAUCAAAGAGUAGAUAUUUUGAUCAAGAUUGAUGAAGCUCAUUCACUUCUCAACUUCAAUUAUGACAACUUGCUAGACCAAGGGUUCACUAACUAGGAUAUAUAAUCUCGCAUUAUUUAGUACAAAAACUACCAGUACUACAUCCUAUAUUCCUAUAGCAAUCCAAACUUCUAAUGCUAGAUCAACUACAAAAUAGUAAUACUAGAGCACGAAAAAUUGAUAGAAAAAGGCAGUGUGUCAAAUCUUAAAAGAGACUACUACAGAUUCACUUUUGAGGGUGUCAAGUAUUACCUAGGUAAGUUUGAUGACGCUCACUACAUACUCAUCUCGUAAAUUCAUGACUAGAAAGUGAAGGAUGCUGAUAGACAGUAAGUUUAUUAUUUGUUAUCAAUUGUCAAUAAUAGGGAACAUGAAAACUUGUAGAGACUUAAUAUACUCAGAAGUUUGAGCAUGGAAAAAUACUAUAGCAAGAUGAACUAAUUCACAUCAGUUUAAUCUUUCACUUGA